AAUUAUUCAAAAAAAUAAAAGUUAUAUUAGGGGAAGCAUAAGAACAGCAAGAGGCUACUUUCAUGUCAGAAAUGAACCAAGACCAAGUUGUUUUUUGUAAUAAUGUAACACAGCAAAAGAGUAGCCUAAAACAAAAAUUUAUCCAUGAAUUGAACUAAGGGAUAAGAAAGGUUACAAUCCGCAAGACUAACACGCGACAAGAGCGCCAAAUCUGAACCCAUUGGCCACCUUGAAAGGAAUAUAAAUCAACAAAGGGGGAAGUAGUAGCUGUGCAAAAACAGUAGCCUCUAGAGGUGUAGACUAAUGUAACAACAAACAUCAUAAGGAGCUUAAGGUAAUAAUUCUCACUUACUCAAGUAGUUUACUCAGGUUUGGCUCUUUCUCCUAUUGGGGACAUUUAGUUUGGUUAGACAACUAUAGAUUUGCUUCAUUUUUUCUGAACUGUUAUUAUACUACCGAGCUUCCACAAACAGUCUCCCUAGUUUUAAUCUCCUCCAUAUAAUCUAUACAAUCCAUACCGAGCACAAAUGUGUACCAGAUGGGUGAUAAAGUUCAACCCCAGUAGGUUCCUAGAACUAAUGAUGCAAUUAGCUCUGAUUCUGCUAGCACAAAUGAGAACCUUAUUCUUGGUGGAAGAGUAUUUUAUCCUCCAGUUGUUUCUAGUGUUCAGUAGAGACAUCAAGAUGCUGCUGCAUUUCAAAAUCGGUGGCCUCCCUUUCCAGCGAACGCUCUACCACUCCUUCCUCUCGGCCAACAGGGCGUUCGCCGACCGCCUCACCGAGGUGCUAUCCCCCAACGAGGACCUCGUCUGGAUCCACGAUUACCACCUCCUCGCGCUCCUGACCUUCCUCCGCAAGCGCUUCCCGCGCGCCAAGGUCGGAUUCUUCCCUCCACAAGCGCUUCCUACUGCAUUUCAAUAUCCUCGCUCGGUGGCCUCCCUUUCCAGCAUACGCUCUACCACUCCUUCCUCUCGGCCAAUAGGGCGUUCGUCGACCGCCUCACCGAGGUGCUGUCCCCGACGAGGACCUCGUCUGGAUCCACGAUUACCACCUCCUCGCGCUCCCGACCUUCCUCCGCAAGCGCUUUCCGCGCGCCAAGGUUGGAUUCUUCCCUCCGCAAGCGCUUCCUGCUACAUUUCAAUAUCCUCGCUCGGUGGCCUCCCUUUCCAGCGUACGCUCUACCACUCCUUCCUCUCGGCCAAUAGGGCGUUCGUCGACUGCCUCACCGAGGUGCUGUCCCCCGACGAGGACCUCGUCUGGAUCCACGAUUACCACCUCCUCGCGCUCCCGACCUUCCUCCGCAAGCGCUUCCCGCGCGCCAAGGUCAGAUUCUUCCCUCCGCAAGCGCUUCCUGCUGCAUUUCAAUAACCUCGCUCGGUGGCCUCCCUUUCCAGCGUACGCUCUACCACUCCUUCCUCUCGGCCAAUAGGGCGUUCGUCGACCGCCUCACCGAGGUGUUGUCCCCCGACGAGGACCUCGUCUGGAUCCACGAUUACCACCUCCUCGCGCUUCCGACCUUCCUCUGCAAGCGCUUCCCACGUGCCAAGGUCGGAUUCUUCCUCCACUUACCAUUUAUCUAUUCCUAAACUAUGAAUUAUUGGGCAAUUAAUACUACCAGUGCGUAGACAAUUUUAUUAUGAAGCAACGCAAUUUGAAUGGACUAAGUCGAAAUUAAAACGAAGAAGUUAUGGAUUUCCAAAGUUUUAAGUGUUGGAUUAAAAGGAACUAAGUGCAUAAUUUUUUUAAUCCUAAUUUCAUAACAAAAUAAAGUUACUGGAUGAUAAACAAUAUUAACAUUGAGUCUAAUGCAACUGGAAUGAAUUAAUUUAGAGUUGAAACAUAGAAGUUAUGGGUUUACUAAGUUUUAGGAUUAAAUUUUGUACUAAAUUUCAAUUUUCGGAUUAAAUUCAUAAUUAUAUCCGGUUGUUGGACGGCGGCUACUAAUAUCACAAAAAUCAGGGGCUGCUCGAUCCCACCUGGAUGGCCCAGAUUAAAUCAAUCACCCAAACGAAUCGGUAUGCAUUUGUGGCCCCUGAUCUCGAGAUCAACGACCCGGAUUUAAAAUCCCCACCAUCCCAUCGGAUCCGUUAGAUCCAGAUCCGCUGGUCAGGGUUGAUUGCACCAGGAUUACACAGCGAUCUAAUCCUGGCCACAUGCCCGCAGAUCAACGGCCCACGAUAAAAGGACGAAAGGCCAAGGGUAUCGACCAGCUCUAAUAUGGACCGUUCAUUCACGGAUCGAGGGUUUACAAGCUGUCUUCCUACUAAACACCGAACCCGGCGACGCGCCUUUGGCCAUUUGAAUUGGAACUUGCCUUAUACUUGCUAUAACGGAUACAACUUGCCUUAUACUUACGAUAAACUUGUAGUCCAGAUGUUGACCCAAAAGUUGGGCUUCAGAUUACUCGUCACAUCGCUUCUACUCGUAGCAAUACAAAUAAUCAAACAAAUAAUAGAUAUGAUAACAUUACACCAAAGAUGGAAAAAAAAAUAUGAGAAAAAUAUUAUAAAAAUAGGUGAUCUUACUAAAUAUGUUUGCGCAGGUAUCCUUUGGUUCUGAAUUAAGUAAUCGUGCACCUACGUUUGACAUGGACCUUUCUGAUUUUAUGGAUGGCGACAAACCAAUAUCUUAUGAUAAUGUGAAGGAAUACUUUUCUCGGGAUCCAUCCCAAAAAUGGGCUGCCUAUGUUGCUGGGACUAUUUUUGUAUUGAUGGCUGAGCUAGGGGUGCGAGCAUGAGCCUACCAAAGAUGCUUCCUUGUAUUGUGGUUUAUUAAGAAACUUUGAAGGAUUAGUCUAGUAUGUGAACCUUCUGCAGUGAAGGCUGGUUUAGCAGCGACAGCUGUGAGGGUCUGAUGCUGGUUUAACAUCAUUAUUAUUAUUAUUGUUGAUGAAACAAUGAAACAUGGGUUUGGUUUCGUUAAAGGAAGGGACAAUUGCAG